GUCAGCAGCAGCAGCAGCAAGCUCUUCUCGAGAGGGCGUUUUAGACUGCAUCCGCAGCUGCGCGUGAGGCACCUGUCUCGAGAUAGCGGCAGCAGCCACCUGUUAGAGUUAUCACGGCAAAGGCUGCUUCUUGAACGCGAAGGGGAAGUCGAUGCAUACUGGGAACGCCCCCUGCGUCCCUUUCCAGCAGAGGGAGAACUGCAUUCCCAACGGAAACGCAGCAAAGGGCCGCCACCGGCGAGUUUACUUCCAUUGCCCAUGCAGGUGUACAGACAGACCAAGCAGCUUAUCAGGAAACACAGUGGCACAAGGAACAACAAGCGUGUGCUUCUGCUGCGGGAUCGCCUGAAACUGCUCUUGCAGGAGCAGGCACAGCAGCUAGAGAGGCCCCCGCAGCCUUCCCUUGCAGUCCUUCGGAAACUCUGGGAUAUUGGCUCAAAUGAUUCCCACUUACAGCAGCAGCCUCCGCUGAAGCAACAGCAGAAUGAAAGAGAGAAUGCAAAGCUGCAGGAGCGCCUCACGAGGCCCCUAGGGAGUCGGCGUCUGUUUGUCUGCGGCAUAGACUUGAGAGCCACGGGCACGGAUCUGGAGAAUCUUUUCCAGACCAUCACCGACGGUCCUGUAUUUGCACGGCUCAGAAGAAACAAAGAUGGCCGUCAUUUGGGUUUCGGCAUUUUGGAGUUCGCUUCUACUUUGGAUGCCACGCGCGCCCUCUUGCAGCUCAACAACAUUCGAAUCGGAAACUGCAACAUUCGGUUAGCAGAGGCCCUCGCACCUCGUCGGCCUCUCGAGCUGCAGCAGGAGGAGGAGCAGCAGCAGCACCAGAGCCAAGGUGCACGCUCCACUCGACAGCGCAAGAGGACACGAUACGUCCAUCUGUACCCUCUCCCAUGCGAGUGA